AUGAGUGCGUCUAAUUCUGAAAAAUACAAAUCUUUGACGAUUUCGGAAAAAAAACAAUUGAUUGAAGCGCUUGAAAGAGGUAACAAAAAAACCGAAGUGGCUAAGACAUUUGACAUUCCUUUAAGUACACUGUCUACGAUUUUGAAGGACAAAAAUAAAAUCAUCACUGCGUCAUCAAGCGGUGGUCGGAAACGAAACAGUAAAGAUGAAACCGCUCUAUUUUUUAAAUGUUUACCAGAUAAAACUUUCACUUUUAAAGAAGAAAAAUGCCACGGCGGGAAACAUAGUAAAGACAGGUUAACGAUUUUAUUAGCAGUAAACAUGGACGGCUCCGAAAAGUUAACUCCACUCCUCAUAGGAAAAGCUGCCAAACCUAGGUGUUUUAAUGGCAUACGUUCAUUUCCUAUAACUUAUUGUUCAAAUAAAAAGGCAUGGAUGACGACAGAAUUAUUUAAUGAAUGGUUGUUUUCACUCAAUGAAGACAUGAAAAAACAGGAAUGA